AACCUUUACAGAGCACUAUAAGGUGGAAAAGACCAUACAUAUAUUCUAACUCAUUCUUGUUCUUAUCCUAACAAGACUAAGUAAUGGGUAACCUUUUGUGCUGCGUGCUGGUGAAGCAAUCGGAUGUGGCGAUCAUGGAGAGAUUUGGCAAGUUUCAAAAAGUGCUUAAUCCAGGUCUCCAGUUUGUGCCCUGGGUCAUAGGUGAUUAUGUCGCCGGUCAACUCACCCUCCGCCUCCAGCAACUCGAUGUUCAAUGCGAAACCAAGACAAAGGACAAUGUGUUUGUGACAGUGGUUGCAUCCAUACAAUACAGAGUCUUGGUUGACAAGGCAAGUGAUGCUUUCUACAGACUUAGCAAUCCAACAUCACAAAUCAAAGCCUAUGUCUUUGAUGUGAUAAGAGCAUGUGUACCGAAGCUGAACUUGGACGACGUGUUCGAGCAGAAGAAUGAAAUAGCCAAAUCCGUGGAAGAAGAGCUAGACAAAGCCAUGACUGCUUAUGGUUAUGAGAUCCUUCAAACCCUUAUCAUCGACAUCGAGCCUGAUCAACAGGUCAAACGCGCCAUGAACGAAAUCAACGCCGCGGCGAGGAUGAGAGUGGCGGCGAACGAGAAAGCAGAGGCGGAGAAAAUCAUUCAGAUAAAGAGAGCAGAAGGUGAAGCUGAGUCCAAGUACCUUUCUGGUCUUGGUAUCGCUCGCCAGAGACAAGCUAUCGUGGACGGUCUCAGAGACAGUGUUCUCGGUUUCGCUGGAAACGUGCCGGGGACGUCAGCUAAGGAUGUGUUGGACAUGGUGAUGAUGACUCAGUACUUUGACACGAUGAGAGACAUCGGAGCUCACUCCAAAUCUUCGUCCGUGUUUAUUCCUCACGGUCCCGGCGCCGUCGCUGACGUGGCAACACAGAUUCGAAACGGAUUACUUCAGGCCCACCAGACCAAUCCCUAAAAUGGCUUUGUCAAGAGUCAACUUUCUAAAAGUCUUCUCCCCCACUAAAUAUUUAUGAUAUGAUAUAUACAUUUUUUUUUUUAUCGUGAUUGUGGUUUUAUAUUUUCUUUUGCCAGAUUUCUUUAAUAAUUGUGUCUGUCUGUCUGUCUUUGUGAUUUUGUAAUUAUAUUGCCAAUUAAGUUUGUAUAAAAGUUAAAAAAAAAAAGAUGUAAGUACAGUAUAACUCUAUCCUCACUGUAUUUGGUUGUCAAAUUAUACGUGUGUUA